AACACUGACGUCAAUGCAUCUCGAGCGCCAGAACAUCAUUCCUCACGCCGAGCAUCAGAGCGGAAUGCGCUCUCAUUUCAGUCAUGUAGAACCCUUCUCUAGAAACGAAGAAAUGUGCAGGAGCCCUUGGCACCCAUAUGGCUCGUCUACAUUUUAGCUUUGGCAUUAGCAACAUAAUUGUACCCGCCACUUGAAUUGCUUUGUAAGAGCAGGUGAAGGUGGCCAAAUCAUCCACACACCUCUUUAUCCAGUAGUUCACUAGAAAAACUAUGGUCAUGGCCGCCCAGGAGCAAAAGCCGUCGCAGCGGGCUCCGGUUCGCGUGGGAUUUUAUGAUAUUGAGCGCACGCUGGGAAAAGGCAAUUUUGCAGUUGUGAAGCUGGCGAGACAUCGCAUCACAAAAUCUGAGGUGGCCAUUAAGAUCAUAGACAAGACCCAGUUAGAUGCAGUGAACCUAGAGAAGAUCUACAGGGAAGUGGAAAUCAUGAAGUUGCUGGACCAUCCUCACAUCAUUAAGCUUUACCAGGUAAUGGAGACCAAAAAUAUGCUCUAUCUAGUGACAGAAUAUGCCAGGAAUGGAGAGAUUUUUGACUACCUGGCCAGCCGCGGGCGGCUCAGUGAGAUGGAUGCGAGGAGGAAGUUCUGGCAGAUCCUCUCAGCGGUGGAGUACUGCCACGAACGCAAUAUUGUUCACAGAGACCUGAAGGCUGAGAACUUGUUACUGGAUGCUCACAUGAAUAUGAAGAUAGCAGAUUUUGGCUUUGGAAACUUCUUCCGUCCUGGGGAACCCCUGACCACUUGGUGUGGAAGCCCCCCGUAUGCGGCUCCAGAGGUGUUUGAGGGGCAACAGUAUGAGGGUCCGCAGCUGGACAUCUGGAGUAUGGGGGUGGUUUUGUACGUGUUAGUGUGUGGCACUCUUCCAUUUGAUGGUCCUAGCCUUCCUGUCCUCAGACAGAGGGUCCUGGAGGGCCGUUUCCGCAUCCCCUACUUCAUGAGUGAGGACUGUGAGCACCUGAUCAGGAAGAUGUUGGUUCUAGAUCCAGCCAAGCGUUUGUCCCUGAGUCAGAUCAAAGAACAUCGCUGGAUGGUGCAGGAGGUCCCGUCCCAGCGGCCCGUGCUGUAUAGACAGGGUCUGGCAUGUAAGAGCAAAUUAGGCUUGGGUGAACACAGUGAGCAGGUGCUCCGACUCAUGCACAGCCUGGGCAUCGACCAGCAGAAGACCAUUGAGUCUCUUCAGAACAAAAGCUAUAACCAUUUUGCUGCUAUCUACUACCUGCUUGUGGAGCGGUUGAAAGCGCAUCGCAGCAGUUUCCCUGUGGAACAGCGUUUGCACGCCAGCCAGCGCCGCCCUAGCACCAUCGCUGAGCAGACUGUUGUCAAGACCAUUGCGGUUCCCUCCCAAGCAGGCGUCCCGCCGCAGGCAGCACGUCACCUGCGUUCACCUGUUCUGUUGCAGUCCACCACAGACACAUUUACCUUCCCACAAACCCCUGCUUCCCCAGAUCAGACACUCAUGGAGGAAGACGUGGCCACUCCCAAGGUCAGUGGUUGCUUAUUGGUGGAACUACUUCCAGCCGUUGUUCGCAAAGUCAGUGGCUCACUACCUGGCAACGUUAUGGAGACGUCCAUUGAUGAGGGCAUUGAGGCAGAGGAAGAGCAUGCUGUGCCCCUCGCCGCUUUUCAUACAGCUCGCUUCAGUCAGCGCCGCCAUACGCUGUCUGAGGUCACCAACCAACCUACUGUGCUGCCCACCACAGGUCUGAACCCAUCUCUCGAGAGCAUGGACUCAGAGUACAGCAUGGGUUCGACUCAAAGUGACUUCAGCUUGCCUGAAGAGAAUCCAGCUCUAAAGGAAGCAUUAAGCAGUACACCUGUCAGCUCCGCAGCUCCAGUCUUCCUCAGCAUGAAGCCCCCUGAGCCCACCCUUCAGCCACUCAACACAGAGGGGCAGGACGCUCAUAAUCACUCACUAGUCAGUUUCAGAGAGGGGCGAAGGGCUUCAGACACAUCUCUCACUCAAGGUUUAGUGGCAUUCAGACAGCACCUCCAGAACAUUGCCAGGACCAAGGGCUUCCUGGAGCUGAACAAAGCCCAGAUAGUGUUAGGAGAUGGUGGAGGGGGAGGCGGCAAACACACCAUCAGUCCCCAAGAGCUCCAAGAGCCUCACCACCCGUUCAGCCAUCAGGGAGAAGGACGCCAGUUUCUAAGUGGAAAAGAUACGUCGACAUUCACUGGUAAAAUGCACCCUUAUCUGCUAUCCAGGAGACAGAGUUUGGAGACACAGUACCUCGUUCAGCGACUACAGAGGGCCAGUCAGUUGGCAAGUGGUCUUGGAAGUGGACAGAUGUUUUGUAAAGAGGCUGCACCACGCACUUUAGAACAACAACUCCAGGAGCACAGACUGCAGCAGAAAAGGCUGUAUCUCCAGAAGCAGUCUCAGGUACAGGCUUACUUCCACCAGAUGCAGCUGGCAGAGGAUGCUUACCCCCCUCUCCAGGACAGCAGAGACCCCCAGAACAGCACCAGUCCCUUGUCCAGCCCUCCCUUUACACGGACCCAAAACCUAACCCCUUUUCUGGAGCCCUGCACUUUGUCCCUGACAUACAGCCCCAAGUCAGCCCGCUUCCCAGACUGGUCUCCGCUACCAGACAAUCGCACAAACUACACCCCAUCCCUCCCUACAGAGCCCCUAUACGCGUGGAGUCCUACUCAGCCGCCUCUCCCACCGGGCAAAGCAGAAAGCCUUUCAGCCCAACCCGCACCUGAAGCCCCCUUCCUGGACUGCGAGAUGAUGGAGACCGUAGAGGCCCCACAAGGCUGUGUACUCGUAAACUAAACAUGAAAUAAAGCACUCUGAGGCUGGCUCUCAGGCAUAAGAUGUGGUGAAAAAAAAAACGCCCUCAGGGACGAACAAGACACCAUGGUUUGUGUCAAAUCUUAUAAACCUACAGACGUUUACUUGAUUCUGUGGUAGAACAUUACAACUUCAUUUUCAGAGAUGUUUGUGAGAUGUGCUUGUGACCUGAAAUGUCUUUUUUUUUCUUUCUCGGUAAGCACAGAUGAAAUGUAGUGCAGCUACCAUAGAGUAUAAAAAUCAGUAUUAAAGCAAUAUUACUUUUCCUGUAUAAUACUUUAGAGUUCUAUGAGUUUCAGUGCUUUUUAAGUAGUUUGUUUCAUCAUUUAAUGAUCAGUAGCUACUCAAGGAUUCAGUUAAUAUUGUGUGAUUUUAAAUAAUAGAUAGUUAACAGAAAUGUGUAAAUAUUUAUCUAAAGUGCUGCCAAUAGGAUGUCAUUUUGCAAACCAACCCGGAAGUUAUGGUGCAUUCACACCAUGUCAGAAUUACCGUAAUAAAAAGAUUCUGACUUGUACCACCUGACCUCUGCAACAUCACACAAAAACAGUUAAAAUGGCAGCGACUUCAGCAGUAAAAUGGUUAAGCAGUAAUAUUUAGUUGAACAUAAUAUUUCUGUUUAGUAAUGAAUAAUUAAUAUAAUUAAUAAUAUUCCUAUAAUUGACUAAUUGUUAAUGUCUUGAUAGUGCAAGGAUAAUCAAAAAAAAAAAAAAAAAAAAAACAUACAGUACCGUUUAAUGUGGCUAGCACAGCUAAAUGCAUCUAAUGUCCCACUAAAUAAACAAAGUUGAUUAAUAAGGCAUUUUAUGUAUUGUGGUGUUGUCUAUCGAUUACUAAAUUACACAGAUUCAUUUCGGCGUUAAUAGUGUUGCCAUAGAAACAUAUAAUUCAGGAUGUGAACAGUUCCGGCACAGGUUGUCAUCUAGUAAUUCGACAUGAUGUGAAUGCAGCAUUGGCAUCACCCUGGUUCUCUCGACAAGAGCCAAUAAGAUUUUUACAUUCGAUUUUGGAUUAUUACAUAUAAUACGCUGUGACCAGCAAAAGACUUAGAUUUUUGCACGUUUUGUUAAAUAAAGAACAUAACAUUUGUGAAAUUUGCAGCCUGAAUACGAUCACCAGAAGCAAAAAGCUAAAAGUAGGCUAUAAACGUCAUCAUAAUUUAACUCUCGUUCUUUACCCAACAUCUAAAAUAAAGCUGGAAAAUUUGAGUUACAAUAGUUUGUAAAAGUAUAAGCACAACAAGGCUGUAAAAGAUUAUCUUUCAUGUUCGAUGUGAUGUUUAAUGUCCCGACAGCCUCUGUCGUCCCAUUCUGCCACUUGUUAGCACCCACCUUUUUAAAGACAUGUAAAAGCUUAAAAAAUCACGAGUGGAGUAUUACUGAUCUGUUUUAUGUUAUAAUGUAUGCUUUGACUUUGUGAUGAUGAAUCUGGGUUUUGGGGCUCCUGCAGCACUAUUAUAAAGUGUUACAACAUUGCAACAGCUGUUUGACUAUUGGUAAACAUUAACGGACACGACCUAGAUGAUGUCAGCAGUCAAAGUAAAGUUGUUUCGGGCAGAGCAGUGAUAAAAGAUUAUAAAAAAAAUCAUCUGUGGAAUAAUAUGCACUGAUGGUUGCACACAGUAAGACCAAACAACGUGUUAAAGUUAACAGAGUUCAUUCAGAGUUUCGACCUCAAAAUCACACUACCUACUUCAGACUUCUCAGAGUGGAUUGGAGAAGUAGAAAUGAACAAGGUUACAGUACAUGGUUUUUCUGACAGUACGUUUGCUUUUAGAGCCACUGUAAACAUUACGUGGUUUAAACCAAUCAGAAUCGACAGUAUAAAGCAUACAAUGAUCUCACACAGCGUGCACUACUAAUCAAAACCGAAGUUCAGCUGAUUUUUUAGAUACUUAAGUGUUGUGCCUUUCAAUUCUUCUUGUUCCUUUUUGAAGAAUGUCUGUUUUUAGAUUUAAUUCUUCAAGUAAAACUUCCUGUUUGGAAAUGCAGUAUGAAGCACCCUCUUUUGACAGAUACCUUGAACCAAAGUCUCCAUUUAGGUUCUAUUUUGAAGUCCACUAUGUGGAUUGUUCUGGAACCAUCCAGCUACAUGAGAUAGGCUAGUUGUCAUGGUCCUAGUAUAUGCCAUUUAAAAAUAUAGCAAUAUCUAGAGUAUUAGUUCCGAUGUUCAAACUGGGUGUCGAUAGUGAGUGUUGUCAUUUUAUGCCUUUGAAGGAAAAAGAUCUUAUUGUGACUAUUUAGAAUUUGUAGUCAGAUCCUUAUUGACUAUUGAUUUGAUAUUAAUACCGACAUUGAAAAGUGAACUGUUUUGUUAUAGCUGUUUUUCAGUGCUAAAAUGUUUCCCAGUAUGUAAUCACAAUAUGAAUUUUGUUAUAUUCAGUUGAAAAUGCUGAGUUCCUUGCACAAAGGGAAAUAAAGAUCAUGCUCCUUGA